ACGAGUGGAGGACAGAGGAGCCUGUUAAAGAAGAAGUUACAGUGAUGUCAGCUGAUGCGCUCAACCCUACCUCUCCCAACCCCUCAGUGAUGUCAACUGAUGCGCUUAACCCUACAUCUCCCAACCCCUCUGUCUCGUCCAUCUCUCUGGUUGAGAUCAAGGCAGACACUCGUCUGGUGCUGAAAGCUUUCCUCCGCAGCGCACUCUCUAAUCCUUCGACCGAGCGGCUUGGGACGGUGGGGGGAAGCUACAAAGACCACAACAAGUACAGUGCAAAGGAGUCUAGGAAGCGGCCGGACAAUGGCUGGGACUCUCUGGAUGAAGCAAUCAGCUCAGUGGAGGAGAAGAAACACGGCUUGAAGGACCUCAUUAAGAGACGACUGCAGCCACGGCCCUCCACCCUGCCCCUCCGUCGCUCAGCUAAAGACAGUGGUGCAGACCAGACACAAAAUGGUGGCUCCUUGGAGAAGGACGGAAGACCAAACCGAACCAACCCAGGCCUGCCAGGCUUCUUCAGAGACCAACUCGAGGAAGAUGUUAGGUUCCCCUCCUCCAUGUCAGAUGAAGAAGGGAACGAUCCGAAACAGCAGAAAAAGGCAAAGAAGUUGAAGAGCCAGAUCUCCUCUUUCUUCAGCAUGAAAAAGAAGUCAGAAAAGGAUAAAGACAAGGAUGAGACGCGUCUUCAGAGGCCAUCCACACUGACCAUCGGCGUAGGGCCAGUACCCGUGGCGCCAGUCAUCUCUCCCACACACCCUCCUGAGUUCUAUGAGGAGGUGGCUGAGACUCUGGACAGGAUUGCUCAGCGGUCCCACAGUAUGAAGAGACCCCAAAGGCCCAGCCCACGACCCAGCCCUGCUACCACCCCGGUCAAACCUCCCCCUGAACCUGACAAAGAAGAAAUGGUGCGCCAGCUGGUCCAGGUACUGUCUAUGGAAGGGGAUGCCAUCAACUACAAGAUCCAGUCGGACCCCUUCCUGCGCUCCACGCUGAACCGUCUCUCAUACCCGUCCUUCGCCAAGCUCCUGGACACUUUCGCCAGCCAGGAACAGGCCACGCCCUCACCUCUGCCGCCUCCUGCCAGCAGCCCCACGCUGAGACGAGUGGCCGUCACCAUGGAGGUGUCGCGGCGUGUCGUCACAGCGACAGGGAUGCAGCGCAUGCAGGGCUACGCAGAAUGCUAUAUGGAGAACUUUGCCCCCUGGGUGAAGAGCCAUGGAGGAUGGGAAAGUAUUGUCCAGAUGGAAGAGAUUUUGGAGUGCGACUGACAACCCUCCACCAUCAAGGCAGCUCGGAAAUCCUCACUACUUCCUUUUAACGGUGAACUCUAAUCUAUGACUAAGGCCUGGAGUUGUUUCCUAUCAGGUCAGGUACAACUCAAGGCCCUUCCUGACCUCAGUUUCUCCUGUGGUGAGAGACGGAGAAGGAGUUAGCUUUUUAUAACUCUACGACACGUGAAUUAUGUCACUUGUAUUUAUCUGAGAAUCAUGUGUACAUCAUACUUGUACAAUUCUUUUUUUUUAUCAACGUUUUUCUAUAAACGUGUUUUACA